AUGGGAAACGACGGAGGAUCGAUUCCAAGACGCAUUGAACUUGUCAAAGAAAAGCAAAAGGAUGUCAAGCAAAAUCCUGAUAUCGAACGUUCAGCAACAUGGCUUCAUUGUGCUCUUUCAAAGCUACCAUUAGAACAGCCCGUUGUUUCGGAUGCACUUGGAAAAUUAUAUAACCAGGAUUCAGUCAUCGAGUAUAUACUAGACAAGACAGCCUAUGGCGAUGGUGACAAGAUUUGCUCGCACAUCACGUCAACAAAAGACAUUGUCAAGUUAAAUCUCGCUCCUAAUCCUGGAUAUGAUGAAAAGCUGGUUUCUGCUGAUGCCACAACUAUGGGUAAUCUCGAACGUGAUAUUAAGGGCCGUUUUAUCUGCCCUGUGUCAAUGAAGGAAAUGAAUGGCAAGCACCGAUUUGUUUAUUUGUCUACCUGUGGCUGCGCAUUUGCUGAACAGGCACUAAAGGAGAUCCAGACUAAAGAAUGUGUUUCGUGUGGAAAGCCCUAUACUUCUUCCGAUAUUGUUUUGCUCAAUCCUACCAAAGAGGAACUCGAGCCAAUUAAGAAGGCAAUGGAAGCCAAUAAACUCAAGCAAAAAGCCGAAAGAGUAAGGGUGAAAAUUACGAAUGGGUUAGAUCGAAUCUAUGAUACUCAACAUUUAAUAUUAUUUUUUUUGGCUGUUGUAGAAAGCUAA